AUGUUAUUGUCAGAGAGAAAUAAAAGUGCCACCUUCAUUCUCAUGGGCUUCUCAGAGUACCCAAAACUGCAAGUUCCUCUCUUCUUGAUUUUUCUGGUCAUCUACAUUGUCACUGUUGUAGGGAAUAUUGGGAUGAUUGUAAUAAUCAGAAUUAACCCCAAAUUGCACACCCCCAUGUACUUUUUCCUCAGUCACCUGUCAUUUGUGGAUUUCUGCUAUUCCACCAUCACUGCUCCUGAGAUGCUGGUGAACCUAAUCAUAGAAGACAGAACCAUUUCAUUAACAGGAUGUUUAGUACAAUUCUUCCUUUUCUGUAUCUUUGUGGUAACUGAGUCCUUUUUAUUGGCUGUGAUGGCCUAUGACCGUUUUGUGGCCAUCUGCAAACCUCUGCUCUACACAGUUGCUAUGUCCCACAAACUUUGUGUCUUGCUAGUGAUGGGGUCGUAUGCAUGGGGGAUAGCAUGUUCCUUGACACUUACAUGUUCUGCUAUCAACUUAUCAUUUAGGGGUAUCAACAUAAUUGAUCACUUCUACUGUGAGUUUGUCUCACUGAUCUCCUUGUCCUACUCUGAUGCUUAUGUCAACCAGAUGUUGUUUUUUGUUUUGGCCACAUUUAAUGAGGUCAGUACGGUAAUCAUCAUUCUCAUGUCUUAUGCAUUUAUUGUUGUCACCAUCCUCAAGAUGCAUUCCAUCAGCGGGCGCCGAAAAGCCUUCUCCACCUGUGCCUCACACCUGAUGGCCAUCACUAUCUUCCAUGGGACCAUCCUCUACCUCUACUGUGUGCCUAACUCCAAGAACUCCAGGUUCACAGUCAAAGUGGCUUCUGUGUUUUACUCAGUGGUGAUCUCCAUGUUGAAUCCUCUGAUCUACAGCCUGAGAAAUAAGGAUGUCAAGGAGACGGUUAGCAAGAUAUUGGGCACUAAAAUCUUUUCUUGUUGA